UGACUACUAUAAAAAAGGGCGAAGGACCUUAGUUAUUAAUCAAUUAAACGUACAAAUAGACACUGCAGUGACAGUUACAUUUUUUUGUAUCUUUGUAAACCAUCAUUACUAAUACUAUUACUUAGAAAAAUAAAUACUUAACUAAUAUUAGAAAAUGAGUUAUGUUAACGGAAAUGAAAGAAUUAUUAUUGACCGCCAAAACAAAAAAUGCAAAAUCAACGAAGCUCGGAGCUACACCGAAUACUUAAAGCUCGAUAGGCUUUUAUCGUCACAAAUAAUGUUAAGUCCACAGCGGAAUAUCGUCACUUACGAUGAGCAUCUUUUUAUUAUUACUCAUCAAGCGUUUGAGCUUUGGUUCAAACAGAUUUUGUUUGAGAUUGAUUUAAUUAGAAAAUCGUUUACAAUCAAUCUUUGGGUAAAAGAGCCAGAAAUGUUUAAUGUAUUUAAACGUAUUGGUAGAAUUACAACAAUAUUCAAGCUACUAUUAGAGCAUUUUAGUGUAUUGGAGUCAAUGCAUCCCUGUGAUUUUGCAGAAUUUCGUGAUCUCUUAACGCCAGCAUCUGGAUUUCAAAGCCUUCAGUUUCGUUUGAUCGAAAACAAAUUGGGAUUGAAGACGGAAACCCGUGUAUGCUGUAGUCAAUCAUAUCCCGAGUGUUUUGACGAAACACAACGUCUAGAAUUUGAACGAACGGCGGCCGAACCGACUUUAUUCAUGUUGGUUGGACAUUGGCUGGAAUGCACUCCUGACUUGCUUGACGAUGCAGUUUGGGAACGUUAUCGAAAGGCAGCCGACCGCUGGUUACAAGACUCGAAAAAGAUCGGCAUUACACGUUUGGAGAAACGCCGCCAAAUUUUGAGUACCGUGUUCGAUAGCGAUCAACACAAAGCACUGGUCGAACAGGGUCAUAGAAUUUUGUCUCACAAGGCAUUAAAAGGCGCCAUUCUAAUAUACUCGUACCGUCAAGAAAAUGGUUAUGGGUUAGCGAAUCGAAUACUAGAAUCACUUGUUGACUUAGACACUAUUCUAUCUAAAUGGAGAUACCACCAUCUUGUAAUGGUUCAUAAAAUGAUCGGAUCUCAUAAUUUAGGUACAGGUGGUACUAGCGGAACUGAAUACCUAAAAUCGACAUUAAGCGAUUCGUAUAAGAUGUUUAUCGAUUUGAUAAACUUACCAGCGCUUUUAAUACCAUCUUCAUACCUACCACCGUUAAUAAAGACCCAACAAGAACUAUAAACCACCAGAUUCUUACAUUUUUCAAUAUGCGGCAUCCCAAACAAAUUAAAACGGUGAUGUAUGUUUUGCAAUCUUUUUUAUGAUUUUCAAUUUAACUUCUCUGUUUUGACUUCAAUAAUUCAUUCAAACUAUACUUAAUACAGUGGCACGUGUAACGGUAUUUCAAUACAAUAUAUUAACCAAGUCUUAUCUUAA